AAUCAAACGUCAAAAAAUGACUCACAACUUGCACUUUCCGUCGAAUCAAUUAUACCUUUAAAGUUCUAACAUUAGUAAUUAGUCGCAAUAAGCUGCUGUUCUGUGAUAAGCGGUAUUCAUCACAUUUAUAAGCCUCAAAAAAUCAAUUUAUAGAAUAAAGUGUUUUAUUGUCACGAGACAUUAGUGUGAAUAUUGUUUACCAUGGUCUCAAAAAGUUAAAUAAAACAAUCCUCUGAAGAAUUAAGUGUUCAUUUUUUUUGCAGUCCGUAUAAAUAAUUGUGUUUUUUGAAUAUCAAAAUGCAUCCAGCAGUUGUAGGUCACCGUAUUACGGUUGAUACACUCAAUGCGGCGACUGGAGGUAGUGCCGUUGAGGAUGACCCGGACAGUCCAGUGGAAGCAUUCGAGCAAAGUAUGUUAACUAUAAAAACGCAAACCCGAGGCCCAAUCCAAGAUAUCUGGCAGCGUCCAAGCAGUCGACCAUUGCCAACCGAUGACGGCACAGUGUUACGCUUCGAGAUUUCUUGCGCCCGUAUACUUCCUCCGGCAGACAGUAACAGCGCUACAGGUGCAAAAAAGUAUGUCGUCUACGACGUCAGUGUUCGUGUGGACAGUAAGGAACCAGAUCCCAAUCCAACCAGUAUAGAACGUAGAUAUACACACUUUUUGAAACUAUAUGAGAAUCUUAAGAAAGAACAUCCAACACUGGUUCAAAGCGUAGUUUUUCCCAAAAAGGUCCUGAUGGGAAAUUUUACCGCUGAACUGGUUGGGGAAAGAAGUGCUGCUUUUGAGAAUUUUCUUGAUUAUAUUAUUUCGGUGCCUUCACUGCGUGAUUCGGAGCAUUUUUUAGAAUUUUUACAAGCCGACGAACUAAGCAAGGCCUGUCAAUUACUGGAUGAAAGAAGGAAUGAGUUUGCUGUGCCCAUUUUGGAGAACACCUUUCGUAUACUGAAUAAAAUCUUCCUGGACAAAAGCAAAUGUGUUCUACUGCUCUUAUGUCGUCUCGUUGCUGCCUGCACUACUUCUCCGAUCCCGCACCCCUUAGCCGAGCAGUGGGCCGAGCUGGCGCUUAGACGUUACGAACACGUGUGCGAUACUGAUCUGCUGGUACUUUAUAUACCGUUGCUACAAACUUGUUUGCAUUUGUGGUGGCAACGCGGACGCGAUAGAACAUUACUAGAAGAGCGCCUAGAUCAGAUGGGUAAAAAAGGUAUUAAAGUCAAAGGUGGACCAACACUGGCCAAAGCUAUUCAUGCCCUUGAACCGAGAGCAGAAACAAUAUGAACAACAAAGAUGUAAACCAGAGCUUUGAUAUCAGCAAUACAGUUCAUACAUUGAGAACGCGCGAAAGCCGGAUAUCUAUUUUAAAUUUUACAUCACACAUAUGUGCAUUAUCUGUAGUAGAUACAAUUGAUUUGAUCUUAUUUCCCAACGAGUUAUUAGAUGUUUAUGUGCAACGUUAGGUAUUUAAGUGCAAUCAAAAUAUUGGCAGGUUGUGAUUUACGUAGUAGUAUUUUGAAAGGUACAAUGAUUAUUUCGGUAUAAGUUUAUUAUGUUUGUAUUAGCAAAAAUGUCCAAACGAUAACUGUUUUAGAAUUAAAUUUAACCUGUCCACAGCAUCAAUUAACGCUCUUCUACUUAUAUUGCCAAUACAUUAUGUCAAUAAAACCUCUAGCCUGCUCUUUAAAAAUAUCCCAUACAACUGUUAAUGAAAUGCACCGUGACAACAAACCUUCGUAAUACUACUCGCUCAGUGGUUAUCAUAUCAAUUUUAUAUGCAAUACGGUCGAUUACAUUUCGAAAUUCUUAAAUAUACAGUCGUGUAAAA